GGCGGCGACGCAGCGGCCCGCACGGAUUUGAAACCGUUUGGCUGUGACGGCGGGGCGGCGGCGGCCGAGCGGAGGGGCGCCAGACAGUGUUAUGGAAAUGGGAAGUGAAGAAGAAAAGUGGGAGAAGUUGGAUGCGGAAUUUGAUCACUUUGUAGUGGACAUGAAGCCUUUUGUUCUCAGGCUACCCCACAGGUCAGAACGACAGAGGUGUGCUCUUUGGAUUAGGAAGCUGUGUGAACCUUCGGGGACAGGCGCAGGACUCAUGGGCAGGAAGAAUCGGAACCUGUAUGCAAAACUGCUGCUACAUAUGCUGAAGCGAGGCACGCUUGAAGGACCCUUUACACACCGUCCUGAGCCAGGGACACUAAAGACUUUACCAUCCUACAUGUCCAUCUAUUUUGAUGAACCAAAUCCAGCACGAGCAAAAGGUUCAAGCCCAGAGAGGUUACCUGACUGGGUGAUGGGUGAGCUGGGGACAAGCGAACCAAGAACAAGUGAAUCGUGGAGACUUUCUUCUGGAGAAGAUAACACGUUGGUGCUAUCAUCAACCGAUGCCCACAGCAGAGAGGAGUUCACCGAGAAACUCCCGAUUCAGUCGCAUUCUGUGAGUCCAACUUACAGAGAAGAUGGUCAGAAUAUUACUCCAAAGAUUUGUGAAGUUCAUUCAAAAAAGUCUCCUGUUUGUUUGGAUGACAGUGACAUUGAAGCUCGCCUUAACAGUUGGAAUCUUGGGAUAGAGAAUCCUCGUUACCUGAGACAGAAGCCUCUCCCAGUUUCCCUGAUGACACCCAAGUUCAGCCUAAGAAAGUCCAGCAGUCUCCACGAUGACCACUUUCUCUCUCGAAUGCAUGAAAAAGAGUUGGACAUGAAAGCAAAAAUGAUGGAAGCAAAAUUUCAUGAAGAAAAACUCAAACUGCAACAGAAGCAUGAUGCUGAUGUGCAGAAGAUUUUAGAAAGAAAGAAUAAUGAAAUAGAAGAAAUGAAAAAUUUAUACAAAAAGAAACAAAGUGAAACUGAGGAGUGUAUAAGAAUGCUUGAAAAGAAAGUUCAGACCCUUAUACGUGACUGUCAAGUUAUCAGAGAGACUAAAGAAAACCAAAUCACAGAGCUCAAAAAGAUAUGUGAACAAAGUGCAGAGUCUCUGAAUAAUGUUUGGGAAAAAAAGCUUCACAGUGCAGUAGCAGAAAUGGAAAAGGAAAAAUUUGAGCUUCAAAAACAACAUACUGAGAAUAUUCAGGAGUUGCUUGAGGACACAAAUGUGCGUCUGAACAAAAUGGAGAGUGAAUACAUGGUGCAAACACAGUCCACAAACCACAUGGUCAAAGAACUGGAGGCCCGUGUCCAGCAGCUGACUGGAGAAGCAGAGAACAGUCAUCUACAGAAGCAGAAGUUACUUAAUGAAAAACUGGAACUUGAAAGAUGUUACCAGAUCACAUGUAAUGAAUUACAAGAAGUAAAGGCAAGGCGCAACAUACUGCACAAAGAGAAGGAUCAUCUCAUAAAUGAUUAUGAGCAGAAUAUGAAACUGUUACAAACCAAAUAUGAUGCUGACAUGAACCUCUUGAAGCAAGAACAUGCUCUCUCUGCUUCUAAGGCAUCUGGUAAAAUUGAAGAAUUAGAACAAAACAUCUGUCAGUUAAAACAACAGUUACAAGAAUCAGAACUUCAAAGAAAACAGCAACUCAAAGAUCAAGAAAAGAAGUUUCAAAUGGAGAAAAAUAAUUUAAAACACAGCUAUGAAAAAAAGGUUCACGAAUUGCAGAGUGAACUUGAGAAAGAAAAAGAAGAAGCUCAAAGAAAAAAUCAUAAAUUUGAGGAAGUUUUGAAGGAGAAGGAAGAGCAGCUCACUCAUGUGACUGAAGUUCAGAGGUUGCAGGCCCAGCAGGCCAAUGCUGCCCUGGAAGAAUUUAAGCAGCAGGUGGAAGCGAACUCUGAGAAGGUAUAUGCUGAAAUGAAAGAGCAGAUGGAAAAAGUGGAAGCAGAUCUGACUAGAUCUAAGUCUCUUCGUGAGAAACAAUCAAAGGAAUUCUUGUGGCAGCUGGAGGAAGUCAAACAGCGCUACGAACAGCAGAUAGUAGAGCUGAAGCUGGAGCAUGAACAGGAGAGGACGCACCUAUUACAGCAGCAUAACGCAGAGAAGGAUAGCCUAGUCCGAGACCAUGAACGGGAAAUUGAAAACCUGGAGAAACAGCUUCGCUCUGCCAAUAUGGAGCACGAAAAUCAAAUCCAAGAGUUCAAGAAGCGAGAUGCACAGGUCAUUACUGACAUGGAGACCCAGGUUCAUAAGCUGAGAGAAGAGCUGAUAAAUGUGAACUCUCAACGGAAGCAGCAACUGGUGGAGCUUGGUCUGCUUCGUGAAGAGGAAAAGCAAAGGGCUGCAAGGGAUCAUGAGACUGCUGUCUGCAAACUGAAGGCUGAAUCGGAGAAGAUGAAAAUGGAGCUCAAAAAGGCACAUGCUGCUGAGACAGAGAUGACUCUGGAAAAGGCCAGCAGCAGGCUGAAGCAGAUCGAGAAGGAGUACACCCAGAAGCUUUCCAGAUCUUCUCAGAUCAUAGCAGAACUUCAGACAACCAUUUCCUCUCUGAAAGAGGAGAGCAGCCGGCAGCAGCUUGCUGCAGAAAGGCGGCUCCAGGAUGUUAUACAAAAGUUUGAAGAUGAGAAGAAGCAGCUGAUUAGAGAUAAUGACCGAGCAAUCAAGGCUUUGCAAGAUGAGCUAGAAAGCCGCUCUAACCAGGUGCGAAGUGCAGAGAAGAAAUUGCAGUACAAAGAACUGGAGUCACAGGAACAGAUAACUUACAUACGACAAGAAUACGAGACAAAGUUCAAAGGCUUAAUGCCAGCGUCUCUAAGACAAGAGCUUGAAGACACCAUCUCCUCCCUAAAAUCUCAGGUUAACUUUCUACAAAAGAGAGCAUCCAUCCUUCAAGAAGAACUGACCGCCUGCCAAGGCAGAAGGUAACUGCAUGGGACAGUGGAAUGAAUAUGACUGGGCUGCCCCGUGGACUUCUUCCAGCAGGUUUGAAGAUUUGGAUAUUGUAAGCUGUGAGAUCAGUGGCUUCUUAAAUGCUUAAGUGUCAUUAAGAUCAUAAAAGCAUACAUCAUUCGCACACUAGUGGGGUGGUCUUGUUUGUGUCUGCCUAAGUUAUUUUUUCAACACCUCCUGGUUUCUGGUUCCCAUAUUUGUGUGUGUGGCUUAUGUGCCGAGAAUCGCUUCUAUGAGACAAGAAGUGAUUUCUGCGAAUGUCUUCUUUAUGCUUUCCAUUUGAGUUGUACCAGUUGGGUAUGAUCAAAAUCACGUUUGUAGCAUCAUAUCAAACCUUUUGACCUGUUUCUGUUGUUUGCAUGUUCAUAUUAUUAAAAUGUCAUU